GCCCCGGCGGCGGCGUUUGAGUGGAGGAAGAUGGCGGCUCCGGGCGGCUCGGGGUCCGGCCCGCUGUGAGGAGCCCCGAGUGCGGCAAGCACGGCCUGAGGCGGAGCGCCUCUGCUCUGGCCCUGCCCGGGCUCCCUCACCGCUGUCGUCAGCGGAGCUAACCCGAGAGCGUGGCGCGGGCUGGGCCAGCUGUCGAGUGGAAUGUCAUGGCCAGUUCCUCGGACAGUGAAGAUGACAGUUUCAUGGCGGUGGACCAAGAAGAAACUGUGCUAGAAGGGACAAUGGAGCAAGAUGAGGAGCCCCAACCAAUAUUGGAGGUUGAGGAGACUAGACAUAAUAGGUCCAUGUCUGAGCUGCCUGAAGAGGUUUUGGAAUACAUCCUAUCCUUUCUUUCACCCUACCAAGAACACAAAACUGCAGCCCUUGUCUGCAAACAAUGGUAUCGACUUAUCAAAGGUGUAGCUCACCAGUGUUAUCAUGGUUUCAUAAAGGCUGUUCAGGAAGGAAACAUUCAGUGGGAGAGUCGGACUUACCCUUAUCCUGGAACCCCGAUCACUCAGCGGUUCUCACACAGUGCAUGCUAUUAUGAUGCUAAUCAGUCUAUGUAUGUGUUCGGAGGCUGUACCCAAAGUAGCUGCAAUGCUGCCUUCAAUGACCUCUGGAGACUUGACCUGAAUAGCAAAGAAUGGAUCCGACCUUUGGCUUCAGGGUCCUAUCCUUCCCCCAAAGCCGGAGCGACUCUGGUCGUGUACAAGGACCUGCUGGUGCUGUUUGGUGGCUGGACACGGCCAAGCCCUUAUCCUCUACACCAACCUGAGAGAUUUUUUGAUGAAAUACACACUUACUCACCCUCUAAAAACUGGUGGAACUGCAUUGUGACGACCCAUGGGCCACCUCCCAUGGCCGGCCAUUCCUCCUGUGUGAUAGAUGAUAAAAUGAUUGUCUUUGGUGGCUCCUUAGGAUCCCGGCAAAUGAGCAAUGAUGUCUGGGUCCUAGACCUUGAGCAGUGGGCGUGGUCCAAGCCAAACAUCUCUGGCCCCAGUCCUCAUCCUCGAGGUGGCCAAUCUCAGGGAUCAAAUUUGACAUGGGAGAAUGGAGAGCUUAUGAUUGUCAUAGAUGAUGCAACUAUCUUAAUCCUUGGAGGGUGUGGCGGUCCCAAUGCUCUAUUCAAGGAUGCUUGGUUGUUGCACAUGCACCCAGGUCCCUGGGCCUGGCAGCCACUCAAGGUAGAAAAUGAAGAUCAUGGGGCCCCAGAACUGUGGUGCCAUCCAGCUUGCCGGGUGGGGCAGUGUGUGGUGGUCUUUAGCCAGGCUCCCAGUGGGAGAGCGCCACUCAGCCCGAGUUUGAACUCUCGCCCAUCACCUAUCAGUGCCACUCCUCCAGCCCUGGUUCCUGAAACCCGAGAGUAUCGCUCUCAGUCUCCAGUAAGGAGUAUGGAUGAAGCUCCGUGUGUCAACGGCCGCUGGGGAACACUGAGACCCAGAGCUCAGAGGCAGACCCCCUCAAGUUCCCGGGAAGGAAGCCUUUCCCCAGCCAGAGGAGAUGGCUCUCCUGUCCUCAAUGGUGGGAGUUUAUCUCCAGGAACAGCAGCUGUAGGUGGCUCUUCCUUGGACAGCCCUGUACAGGCCAUAUCUCCUAGCACUCCAUCUACCACUGAAGGAUAUGACCUAAAAAUGGGACUUUCUUUGGCUCCUCGACGAGGAUCACUACCAGAUCAGAAAGAUCUGAGAUUAGGAUCAAUAGAUCUGAAUUGGGAUCUGAAACCCGCUUCUAGUAGCAAUCACAUGGAUGGUGUGGACAACAGGACAGUUGGAGGAAGCAUGAGACACCUUCCUGAACAGACAAACGGUGUACAUACCCCACCACAUGUGGCCAGUGCCCUUGCAGGAGCUGUCUCCCCAGGUGCCCUGCGCCGGAGCCUAGAAGCCAUCAAAGCAAUGACGUCCAAGGGCCCCUCAGCCUCUGCAGCACUAAGUCCUCCUCUGGGCUCUUCUCCAGGCUCCCCUGGGAGUCAGAACCUGAGCAGUGGAGAAACAGUGCCCGUUCCCCGGCCAGGGCCAGCCCAAGGAGAUGGACAUUCCUUACCUCCCAUUGCCCGCCGCCUGGGCCACCACCCUCCACAGUCCCUAAAUGUUGGCAAACCCUUGUACCAGAGUAUGAACUGCAAGCCCAUGCAGAUGUAUGUGCUGGACAUUAAAGACACCAAGGAGAAGGGACGGGUCAAAUGGAAAGUAUUUAAUAGCAGUUCUGUGGUCGGACCUCCUGAAACCAGCCUGCAUACAGUGGUACAAGGCAGGGGUGAGCUCAUCAUAUUUGGAGGACUGAUGGACAAGAAACAGAAUGUGAAGUACUAUCCAAAAACAAACGCCUUGUACUUUGUGCGAGCAAAGAGAUAAUGUUCUAAACCCCUUUCCCUUUUUGUGGCUUUUAAUUUGGAAUUUUCCAGCGUGCAAGCAUUUGGACUGAGAAUUAGGAAAACAAAGGACAAAAUUACUCCCAUAAACCAAAACCCCAGUUUCCAACCUCACUCACUCCAGGCUGGGAUCAAAUCUCCAUUAAGAAAAAAUAUAUAUAUAAAUGUAUAUUAUAUAGCCAACUCUGUUUACAAAGAGGGAGAGAUCUCCGUCCUGGCUCAGAUAAAAUUGUUGCUGUGUUUUAGCAGAGGCUGUGCUGCCUUUUCUACUUUGCUGAUAACUAGACCAAGAAUUUAGGGAACAGACUAAUAUCAGAACUUUCCUAAGGAAACUGAAGAGCCCUUUGUAAAUCUUUAUGUGGCCUUCUCAGAGUUAGAAAAAGAAAGGCAGGAUGCACAGGUAGAGGUUCAGAUUCGCGUGCUUCAGGUGCUGGCAAGGUAAGAAUAACCUGUAGAAAAUUGUUUCCCCUUCUCUUAAAACCACAGAGGACCUGUGAAAACCUCUCUUUGCAGUAAUGCCCUAAGGCUGGCCCCAUUCUGCCCUUGGUGACGGAGGGCAGUUACCCAGAACAGCAAGGGAUUUCGUUCCAUGUUCAUGUGUGCGGACCAUCGUGAAACAAUGUGUGUACAGCGACACCUGUCCACCUAGUAUCCAUUGGUCUUCUGAGUGCUCCCUCCCUGUCUCAGAAAACAUUUUGGUAUCUGGUUUUAUGGAAUUCCCUGACAAUCAUAUUUGGUUGCAAGUUGCCAAAAACCACAUUUGUUGUCCUUUUCCUUCCUUUAAAACUUGAUCUUCAGAAGCUGCCUUUUCUUCUCCCCACCUUUUUUUCAUAGGCAGAUUUUUUAAAGUCCUAAAACCUUCCUCAUUUUUUUGUUUCUUUUAUAAAGCUCCAGUGCCCAGAGAAAUAUCUUAGAAAUUUCUGGAACACUUUCUCUGGUGUCACUAAGGGGUUGGUAGAGAAUUCCAAAUGCCAGUAUCGUGAGAGAUCCUUGAAGCAUCAGAAUAGAUCGUUUUUCCUUAUGAGCUGCUUUUUACUUCCAAAUCACAGUGGGCACAUCCAUCCAUAUUUAUAAAAUGUGGAAAUUGAUCCUGAGAGGGAAUCCCAAUACCAGUUCCUUCUAGAAAUUAAUUUUGUCCUUGUUGUGACAUGCAUUUUUCUGCCUGGCUACUAACCGGUGAUUGGGUUGAAUGACGUGUGCUUGACCUCUUUGAUGUAUGCCUGACCUUGGAAGCAGCUCCUUCUUUGUGAUUGCCUCAUUCACGUGUCACCCAGACAAGGCUUGGCUUUUUACUUUCAUGUCAUUUCUGAGAUAAGAUGCAACCACCUUUGGUGAUACAUGAUCUCUAAAACUAUGGCCUGGACACGUUGGAACCACUUAAAUAUGGAUUUUUAUUUUGUGUGUGUGUGAUUUCUCAUCAAUAGAAAGAGGAUUUUUAUUUUGUCUUUAGGAUUUAAAUUUCAAAACAUUGCAUUUCCCAUCCCCCCCCUCCCCUUUUUCUUGUUCACAUUUCCCAAGCACAAGCCUGCUACAGCUGGCCCUGGGUCCUGGCUUUCAGCCAGCUCUCAGCAGGCUGUCUGAUAUGUAUGUUUUCUCCUGUUACAUCAUGUUGAGUCCUUUUCCCUAGCCAUCAGCUUUUACAAUGUGGUCUUGGUGGGAAAGUCCCCCUGGUGCCAAGCCCAGGAAAGGGGCAGCUUCCAGGGAGGGAUGUGUGUUUCAAAAACUGCCCUUGGAUGAGGGAACUACCAUGUGCCUACUAACUGGUGUCCAGCUGCUCACAGCUCAGCUCUUAGCUUUCCAGACUCCCUGCUCUGGGGCUGCUGCUGGUCCUUCUUUGGCAAAGACUGUUAGGUCAUGGGGGUGGUCCUUACUCACAAGAGAAAGCUAGCCUAGAAGAUUAGCAAUUUUGGCAUUAUUGAUGUUGCUGAACCAUGUUUAUGACAUUGCACUUGUGCAUGGACAGUGCCUCCAAACGCAGUUCUAUUUAAAUAUGAAGUAUUUGGAAGCCUGAAAGUGCAGAUUCCAACUCUGUAACCUUUCUCUUUGUCCUGUGGCCUUCCUAAGCCAGCUGUUAAUUUGUUGAUUCCUUCUGCUUUCCCCAAGUAGGCAGGUAACAGAGAGGAUUCCUUCAGAAAGUAACCUGGCUCCUCAGAACUCCCUGGCAUCCCAGUAUUACCCACACCACUUGGAACCAGACUGUCCGUUUACAGCCCUUUAAGAAAAAUCUGCCUCGUCUCCACCCAGUGGUGUCUGUCUUGGUGACUCCUGGGCAGUGUGGGCGUGAACCUUGGGAGAGCGACUCAGCAGUCAAGGCGAUUGCCUCCUCAGAGCCUGUGAAGCCACACGUGCGUGGAACUGCAGGCGUCUCAGCUGAGGUGGCCAUUUCCACAGCACCGCGAUACUUCAGUCAGACCAGGUUUAACCACAACUCUGGUUUUGAUAUGAUGCCAAUUUUUGUCUUAACAGUCACUGAGAAAAAUGAGACAACAUAUUUUUUUUUAACCCUCAGGAGCACCUAAAGCAAAUAUUUAUCAGUAUUUAAGUAUUUAAAGUACAUUUUGUUUCUACUUGAAGCUUUAACCCCAUCCAUUCCUGCAAGUGUGCCUUCGAGAGCCCCUGUGUCAUACUGACCUCCCACCACCUUGUUGCCCUCAGUGGGAAGUUUAGUCUCUUACCCUCGUGGACAGAGCUUCCUGUUUUCUCCUGCAGUCUGGGCAGCAGAGCGGGCUCUGUCCUUUCGUUCAUGUUGUACAUUCGGGUGGUGGGCUCCACAGUCCCCACCCCCCACAUUUGGGAGCACAAAUAGGUGUCGAAACAAGCUGAAAUUUAGUUGUACGGCCAUCUUGGGCUUGCUCUCCUUUCAGCCCUUCUGGAUUGAUUUCAUUUUAAUGUUUGAGUUUUACAUCAAGAGCUGAAACCAUGAACUAUCCUAGGAACUGAGUUGAACUCUUUAAAAUAAAGAAACAAGAGGAGGAAAGAAAACUAACUUAAGAAAUCUUGGCUUUGGAGGACAGAAAGCCACCAGCUGAUGGAGAACAGUGGGAUGUUGCCCUUCCCUCACGCUAUCUUUCUGGGUUUCCUUCUUUCCUUCCCCUUAAAAAAGUGAUAUUCCUGGUUGGGUUGUCUGUCUGUCCUUGUCCCUGUGGUGAUCCUGGCAUGGUGAUGUGCUCUGCUUUGCAUUAUCUUUGGUCUCUUACCAGCACACAAAUCAGUGGGGAGGAUCCGAACACAUCCGGGGGCAAGAAAGCUGAAUUCUGAGGCCUGGGUCCUGUGCAGCCUCCCCACAGACUGCAGAAGGCAUGUUCUGCAUGGUCACCAGUAAGUGGCUCCCUCACCAUGAUCAUUGUCAAGUGAGAACAAUCCUGAGGCUUUGCCUCCAUCUGUACUCUCUCCCUGCUCAGCUCCCCUCCCACCAACCAGGGUUUAUGUCAGCGCACCCCCCGUGUGCCCUGGCAAAGCUGGUGCUGAGUGAUGUUUCCCAUACAACUCAGGGGUCCCAGGUGGCCUAUCCUGAGAUGCUCAUUUUAGGCGCAUAAUGGUGUAGGAAUGAAAAGUGGAUUUGAUUUCAUUGAUACUUAAAUCACUGUCAAUUUCAUUUUUUUGUUGUCUUAUCCUGAUAACUUUUUAGCAAUUUAACAAAUAAAACAAAAUGGACAGAA